AUGUACACUUGUGUAGCAAGAAAUAUUCUUGGAGAAGCGACGUCAUCGGCCACAUUAUCUGUUCAAGUUGGUGCCGUGAUCUCUCGUAAGCCCUCAUCUGUCAUCGUUGAAGAAGGACAGAGCGUGAGCCUGGUCUGCAAAGCUACUGGUCAGCCGACACCAACAGUCACUUGGCGUAAAGCGUUUAGUCAAUUGCCAAAAGAGAAGACUACAGUUGCUGAUGGGAAUCUGACCAUACUUAAUAUAACAAAAGCAGAUGGUGGUGCUUAUGCUUGCGUGGCAAAGAAUCUCCUUGGUGAGGACUCCGCUGUCUCACAAAUAAUGGUUCUUGGCAAACUU